AUGUCGGCCGAUCUCCAAUGGCUCCUUCUCCGUAAUUACAACUCCUUCAUCGUGAAGAAGGUGCCGGAGGGCCCCAUCUUUUCGAGGGAGCCGGGCAACUUGCCUAGCCUCCACAGCUACAAGUACUCUGGCCUGGCCAACCAGAAGACUGUCGCGGUUACCGACACGGGCUCCAACAUCCAAAUUUCCUACACCAAGAAGGGCGCUUCUCCCCAUGCCGUCAAGCCCGCUCGUGCUACCAUCAACAUCCGGAGCCGCUCUGGACCCAGAAGAUCGUUGGGUGUCGCUGCUAAGCUCUCCAAGCGGGGCUACAGGCCCGACCUCCGACCGGUACUGCUCGCUCGUGUGUCUGCUCUUGCCGCCUCGAAGAAGGAGCCCAAAUCCCGGCCAGUCAAGAAGCCUCGGGGAAAGAAGGCU